AUGACUGGCCGUGCACGAGCACGAUCAAGGGGCCGAGCGCGCGGUCAAGAGACUGCGGCACCUGGCAUGGUUAGUCUGCAUGAGCAACUAACAGCACGUGAAGCUCCCCCCUCUGAGGGUGAGCUUGUGGGUCGAGGAAGACAGAGAACUGCCCCAGGGGCUGUGUCCUCCGAAGCCGUUAUUCAGAUAUCUGCAGGGUUUCAGCAGGUGAAGAUUGGAGAGAGAGGUGGACGGCGUCGUGACUUUCAUGAUGCAGGAAUCAACACCAGGCAGGCCAUGGAGCAUGUGAGAGAGUCCAAGUCUGGUUUUUCUGGCUCUCCCAUUGAGCUGAAAGCCAACUUCUUCAAGAUCCUGUCCCGCCCUCAGUGGGUGCUGUACCAGUACCAUGUGGACUUCAAGCCUGUCAUGGAGUCACGGCGCCUACGUUCUGCCCUCAUGUAUCAGCAUGAGGAGACACUAGGCAAAGCUCGCACCUUUGAUGGAGCCCUCCUCUUCCUGCCUCACAAACUGCACAACACGGAGACUGUGCUGUACAGUGAGACCAGAAUGGGUGAGAAAGUCCAGAUCACUGUCACUCUGACCAAUGAGCUGCCCCCCACUUCUCCAGUGUGCCUGCAGUUCUACAACAUCAUCUUCAGAAGAGUGCUGAGGAUGCUGAACAUGCAGCAGAUUGGACGCCAUUACUACAACCCAACAGACCCACUUAAUAUCCCACAGCACAGGCUGACCAUCUGGCCCGGUUUUACUUCCACCAUCCUCCAGUACGAGUCCAGCAUCAUGCUGUGCACGGACGUGAGCCACAAGGUGCUGCGCAGUGAGACGGUGCUCAGCUUCAUGAUGGGCCUCAGGCAGCAGAGUGGAGAUCAGCGCUUCCCAGAGGCCUGCACCAAGGAGCUGGUGGGACUCAUUGUCCUCACCAAGUACAACAACAAAACCUACAGGAUUGAUGACAUUGCGUGGGACCAUACUCCCAACAACACAUUCAAGAGGGGAGACUCUGAGAUUUCUUUCAAAGACUACUACAAGGCACAAUAUGGUCUGGACAUCACUGACGGCAACCAGGUGCUUCUGAUCAGCCAUAUGAAGAAGAUUGGUCCUUCUGGAGGACCGCCCCAAGGGCCGGCCAUGCUUGUCCCAGAGUUCUGCUACCUCACAGGCCUGACUGACAAGAUGCGUGCUGACUUCAACAUCAUGAAGGACCUGUCCACCCACACCAGACUGACUCCAGAGCAGAGGGAGGGGCGGCUCAACCGCUUCGUUGGGAACAUCCACCAGAACACGGAGGCCCAGACAGAGCUGAAUACCUGGGGACUCAACUUUGACAACAAACUCCUGAGCCUCACAGGCAGAGUCCUCCCUGCGGAAAGGAUUGUGCAGGGUUCCAGAACAUAUGAGUACAACCCCUGGCAAGCAGACUGGUCCAAGGAAAUGAGAGGCAUCCCACUGAUCAGUUGCCGACCACUGGAGAACUGGUUAAUGUUCUUCACCCGCAGGAACAAUGAUGUGGCCCAGGCCCUCCUGCAGACCCUCAACAAGGUCUCCACACCCCUGGGCAUCCGCAUGCAGAGGGCCAUCAUGGUGGAGUACGAGGACCGCCAGGAGUCUCUGCUUAGGGCUCUGCAGCAGAAUGUUAAGAAAGAAACCCAGAUGGUGGUGGUGGUCUUGCCCAGCAACAGAAAGGACAAGUACGACAGUGUGAAGAAGUAUCUGUGUGUGGACUGCCCCACACCCAGCCAGUGUGUGGUGGCCCGCACCCUCGCCAAACAACAGGCCCUCAUGACUGUGGCCACCAAGAUCGCCCUGCAGAUUAACUGCAAGAUGGGAGGAGAGCUGUGGAGCGUGGAGAUCCCACUGAAGCAGCUGAUGAUUGUGGGCAUUGACUGCUACCACGACACGGCUGCUGGCAAGAGAUCAAUUGGAGCUCUGGUGGCCAGUCUUAACCAGGGCAUGUCCAGGUGGUUCUCAAAGUGUGUGCUGCAGAACCGUGGACAGGAGAUCAUGGACGGACUCAAGGUGGCGCUGCAAGGUGCCCUGAAGGCGUGGCUGAAGCACAACAACUGCCUGCCGUCACGUAUCAUUGUGUACAGAGACGGAGUGGGAGACGGGAUGCUGCAGAGCGUGGUCAACUACGAGGUGCCACAGAUCAUGGAGUCCAUCAAGACCAUGGGACACGACUACGCACCCAAACUCACCUUGGUGGUUGUGAAGAAGCGCAUCAGUUCCAGGUUCUUUGCCCGCAUCGAUGGCAAGCUGACCAACCCUCCCCCUGGAACAUGCAUCGAUACUGAGGUCACCCGCCCAGAAUGGUACGACUUCUUCAUCGUCAGCCAGGCCGUCCGCAUGGGCAGUGUUUCCCCAACCCACUACAAUGUGGUGUACGACAGCAGCGGACUGAAGCCUGACCACAUGCAGCGACUAACCUACAAACUCUGCCACAUGUACUACAACUGGCAGGGAAUCAUCCGGGUGCCUGCACCCUGUCAAUACGCCCACAAAUUGGCCUUCCUGGUGGGCCAGAGCAUCCACAGAGAGCCCAACAUGAACCUGGAUGACUUCCUCUACUACCUGUAA